CACUGCGCCGUGUUUCCCAUCCUCUGCGCAUCCCGGCAGAUGUUGGUCUGCCCCUUGCGGCGGGAGGAGGCAGGUUUCAGGGGUAGGGGGUGGCUCUGGGUGGCGGUGCAGCAGCAGCAGCGGUGGUGGUCUGGAGGUGCUGGAGGAGGUAGAUAACACCGAAGCAGGUGGAGGAGCAUCCCGCUGCAGGAGCGCCGGAGCGCAGGACGCAUGAAGAUGAACGGACACGUUAAGAUCCUCCCGUCUCCCACGUCCUCCGCGGGGCACGCGGGCAGCCCGGACACGCACCGGGGCUGGCUGCUCAAAUGGACCAACUAUCUGAAGGGGUACCAGCGGCGGUGGUUCGUCCUCAGCAACGGCCUGCUGUCCUACUACAGGACUCAAGCCGAAAUGGCACACACCUGCCGAGCCACCAUCUCCUUGGCGACUGUACACAUCGAGUUGGGGGACAACUGUCACCUGGUGCUGACGAGCGGUGGGCGGAGCUACCACCUAAAGGCCAGUUCGGAGGCGGAGUCUCAGCGCUGGGUGUCUGCGCUGCAACAGGCCAAAGCAAACGCCACUCAGAUGAUGCACCACUCAGAUGACUCUGGUGACGAGGUAUUGGUGGCCCAGCCGGACCGGGCUCUGACCCCUGCCGCUCUGAAGACUCUGGUCAGUAAGCUGGAUGAUCUGAGCACGUGUAAUGAUCUGAUUGGGAAGCACGGUGCGGCUCUGCAGCGCUCCCUCAGCGAACUGGAGGACCUGCGCUGCCCCAGCGACGGAAACGACAAGCUGAAGACCGUCAACGAGCGUGCCACGCUCUUCCGCAUCACCUCUAAUGCUAUGAUCAAUGCUUGCCGGGACUUUGUGGAUUUAGCGGAGGCGCACAGCCGGCGGUGGCAGAAGGCGCUGCAGUAUGAGAGAGAACAGCGCCACCAUCUGGAGGAGACCAUUGAGCAGCUAGCCAAACAGCACAACAGCCUGGAGAGAGCCUGGAGGGAGGCGCCUAGCACCCACACGCAGGGAUCUGAGCGUUCAGGAGAAGUGGACACCAGUGAUGAGAAUGAGGAUGUAGAGUUUUUUGAUGCGAUGGAGGACUCGCCUGCGUUCAUCACUGUGCCCGCAUCCAACCACACACAGCACGGACAUUCAGGUGGGAGUGUAAACCAGAGCAUAUCUGGAAGCAUGCCCAGUGACUGGGGUCAGGAAGACAAUGACACUUCUGGCUCGUACGGUCUGCAGCAGCGGAGAGGCAGACGCAGCCGCAUCCCAGACAAGCCAAACUAUUCCCUCAACCUGUGGAGCAUCAUGAAAAACUGCAUUGGCAAAGAGCUCUCCAAGAUCCCCAUGCCUGUGAAUUUUAACGAGCCGCUGUCGAUGCUGCAGCGUCUGACGGAGGAUUUGGAGUACAGUGAGUUGCUGGACCGUGCUGCCCGCUGCUCCUGCGCUCUGGAGCAGAUGUGUCUGGUUGCUGCGUUCUCCGUUUCCUCCUACUCCACCACCGUCCAUCGCACCGGGAAGCCCUUCAACCCCCUGCUGGGGGAGACGUUCGAGCUGGACCGGCUGGAGGAGAGCGGCUACCGCUCCAUCUGUGAACAGGUGAGUCACCAUCCGCCUGCAGCUGCCCAUCAUGUGAUGUCUCAGCGUGGGUGGACUCUGUGGCAGGAGAUCACCAUCGACAGCAAGUUCAGAGGGAAAUACAUCUCCAUCAUGCCUCUGGGUAAUAUCCACCUGCUGUUUCAUUCCAGUGGGAAUCACUAUGUCUGGAGUAAAGUCACGUCCACCGUUCACAACAUCAUCGUAGGCAAACUCUGGAUUGACCAGUCUGGAGAUAUUGAGAUUGUGAACCGCAGAACCAAGGACACCUGCCACCUCAAAUUCUCGCCUUACAGCUAUUUCUCCCGGGAUGUUCCACGCAAGGUGACCGGCGUGGUGGCGGAGAGUGAUGGCUUGGCUCACUACAUCCUUUCAGGAACGUGGGAUGAUAAGAUGGAGAGCGCUAAGAUCGUGGAGAGCAGUCGUGGCUGCGUGGGGUCAGAGGUCAAACAAAAAACGGUCUACCAAACCCUGCCCCCCAAACUGCUGUGGAAAAAAUACCCCCUACCUGAGAAUGCGGAGAAUAUGCACUAUUUCUCCUCUCUGGCUCUGACUCUAAACGAGCCCGAGGAGGGCGUGGCUCCCACCGACAGCCGCCUGCGGCCGGAUCAGAGGUUGAUGGAGGCGGGGCUUUGGGACGAAGCAAACGCCCAAAAACAGAGGCUGGAGGAGCGACAGAGGCUGGAGAGGAGGACAAGGGAGGCGCAGGCCAACAUCGCUCUGGAGGAGGGUCGGGAGGUGGAGGGGUAUCGGCCGAUGUGGUUUGAGAAGAGGAUGGACCCGGACAACGGAGAGAGCACCUUCAUCUACAGAGGGGGAUACUGGGAGUCCAAAGAGAAGCAGGACUGGAGCCAGUGUCCGUCCAUCUACUGAGGGGUUAGCCUGACUUCCCCACAGGACCACUAAUACCCCACAGAGCCAGGAUAAAGACAGAAUACACACUGGAUACACAACGUGCUGCUGUGUGUAUGUGUGUGUGGUGUGUGUGCCUCCAAAUCUGAGGCGUCUCAAGGAUCUGAAUACUACACACAUCAUUGUUUAGCAGUGUAUCAUACAUCAUCACUGGGGUGUGUGGUGUGAUUGGGUGUGGGUGUGUGUGGCAGAUGGGUUAUAUUUAUUUGAGCAGAUUCCAGCACUUUAUUUUUGGGCUGUAUCUAAAACUGUGGGACUAAGAACCAGCUGGAUCAGGUCAGAUGUAAUUAAGUAUUAGGAUGAAGGAUAUUCAUGUGAGGCAAGGCAAAGUUAAAUUUCUUGUAUUUAACAAAUGUAAUUUACUGAAAAAAACAUGGGCUCAUAAGUGUAAUGGCCAGUGAAGCCCAUUGACUUCCAUUCUAAGGCCCAAUCCCAAUUUCAAGUGUAACCCUUCUUCCCCAUAGAACAGAAGAGUUAAAAGAGGAAUAAAAAAAAAUUGAAAAGAAUUGAAACCCUUCAAGCGCCUGAUACAGAUAUAGCAUUAUAGCAGUAAAGCGAUAAAGUUCAGCAACCUAACUGCUGCUGGUUAACUAGUAAACUUCACUUAAGGUAUGUCUUCAGAAAGGGGGCAGGUUGUCCAGCAAUUCAUUAAUAUUGUCCAAUCCCUAAUUUCUUUGUGAUAAAGAGCUAAAAUUAGCAUUGAUUAGCUUAGCCUCUGCCGUAUGUUGCAUUAUUUAAGGUGGAACGGGAAAUUAAGCUAACUCAGUAGCUUCUGAGAUAAACUACAAGCAAUUUUUCAUGCUUGUUAUAAAGAAAAUGGCCAUAAAACAUUAAAACUACACGUUAAACUGUGGCAAUAUAGUGUGAUUAUCAUCAUUUUAAACAAGGAAAAUACGCAAACUUGUGUGUUUCUUUGGUUGCUUGUGCUGCAUCAUCUUGCCAGUGAUGCUCAUAGGCCACAAGAAUCAGGGCACUCUACCCCUAGACGUGAACACGCAAAACAAAGGAGUUGGGAUAAGUGGAGUGGACAAGUGUUGAAAUGGGAUUGGGCCUGAGUGUAUUAUACACUGACAUGCCAAAAGUCAUGGGAUAGCAGUACCAUAAUUUGAAAAAUGAUCUUAAAGUGUUACCUCAGGGGACGGCUUGGAAAGCACACACCUGUAUAAGUUAUAAUAAAGUAUAGGUUAUAAAAUAAGUGUGUGUGUUUAUUUUGUAUGUGAGGUUUACUGUACACUGGCCAGUGUGCUCAUGAAGACAAGUCACAUGAUGCUAUAGUUCAUAUCCUGUGACUUUUGUUUUGAAUGUCAGUGUACCAUUAUAUAUAAAAAAACAUUAAAAGACAAAUAAGCCAAUAUUUGCUAUUGCAAGAGCAUUGGUAGUACCUGCCCAAUCGUUGGCUCCUAUUAUAGGUGUAUCAUGCUUUGUUGUUAUAUUAUACAGUAUAUUAUAUUUAUGAUUAACCAAUUUUCUUGUUAAGUGUUAAAUUAUUUUAUUACUUAUGAAAAUUAUAGGUAUUUAUUGUGGUGUUGGUCUGGGUUAUGUUGGUCUCAGGUUUUGGACUGGCUGGUUCUGAGGUCCUGCAUUAAAAGGCUGGCUCAAUGAUUGAUUUAUUUGAUUGAUUGAUUGAUUGAUUGAUUGAUUAUAUUGCAAUAGUUCUAUUGACCAACACACGGGCUGGUCUGAUUGGUGGAGAGAGAUGGAGAGAGAGCGAUGCUGGUUAUGCUCUCUGGGAUGCCUGGACACUGACGGAUGGCUGUCGCAUCACUGUUGAUUGAUACAGCGCUUAGACAGUUGCGCCAACCAGAAGCCCCACAACUGUUGAUUGAUUAGUUAUAUUAUAGCUGAAAUGCUGAGCUUUUGAAUACGUUAAAGCGCACUGUCCAUAACCAAUCAUCACAUCUAAUUGUUAUUAAUGAUCAUUCUUGCUCUCAGUGAGAUAAAAGGUUUUGUUCUGACACGAGUGUGAUACAGUGUGCACUAUAUUAAACACAGCUGACUCAGCUCAUCUGCCAAAUACCCAUUAACUCCAAUGAAUAAAUGUGGGCGUGUUCAGCUCUGAACUCUGAACUCAUGACCUGAGCUGAGCGAUCGGAACAUGUUCUCGAACUUCGGCGAAUUCUCGAAUUCCUCGAUGAGGAACAUUUAUGCAGGACUAAGCACAAAUCACAUGCUCACACUGAUGCUGGACGCAGUGAAGCUGAAGCUGUGGUGAAGCUGCUUUAUUGAAGCACAAAUUAAAUGUUUAGCGAUAUAACUGUGAUUUAUGCGUUGUGGUUAGAAGGCUGGUGAACUCUGGGUGUUGAAGAACCAGCCGAUAUAUAGUAUCUCCACUUUUACGGAAGUACAGAGUAUUCCAAUGCUGAACGAUAUUUGUGUAGAAGUAUUUAUGAAUUACACUCAUUUACAAAAAAUAAAAAUAACGCACCACAGGUUGCUUUAAAACUCUAAAGUCAGUUGUAGCUCAGGCGAAUAUGCAAGAUUACAAAUGAUUACAGGUGUGUUCUUAUUGAGGCUAAUUUUGGGUAGUGUACCCCCUGGUGAGAGACCUGCUGGUGUUGACUGCUAGACAGCCAACCACCAUCAGUGGCUUUUGAGUUUGAGCAUGGAGGUAUCACCUUUGGUGUGGAGCCCCAACUGCUGGUGUGGUUAAUAAUCUGGGGAGCAUCAAAUACAAGAGUCAGUCACCCCUAGUAGUGAAAUGAGGAACACUAACAGCUCAUUGAUAUGCAGAUACGUGUUACUGAUUCUCAUGCCAGAACUUCCAACUGAUUCCAGCAUUUUCUUUCAGCAGGAUAAUGCUCACCCAAACACAAAGCAAAGGGUUUCCCAGGAAAGCCACUCUAUGCCCAACCGUAUCUCAUCUUAUAUCCAGGAUAGAGGCUCCAACAGGGUAUGGUAUUAGAUAGUAGAGCCUCCAGAUUUUUCCAACAGCUUUACCCAAUAAACAUAUUAAUCCAUUUACUCUAAUUUUGCAAUCUCUCUAAUACAUCAUCAUUACAUUCAAAAACACAGUAUAAACUGAAUUGGUGCGUUCUAUUUUUUGUCAAUUAGUGUAUAUUCCUAGUAAUUAUGAAUUUGAUUGUGAUUAUUUGAUGAUCAUAUUUCUGUGUGUUGGACAAGGUUCACAUCACGGUUACACCUGAACUUUGGGAGGGGAGGGUUGGGGGGACACUUCCAGAGCUGCUGUGGUGUGUAGAACACACUUUUUUUGUGUACAGUGAUAAGCCAAAACAUUAAGACAUUAGGAUGAUGUGGAUAUUGCUGAUCAUCAUGUAACAGUGCUGCAUGUAAAGGUGUAGAAUCUCUUGGAAUGUCUGAUUGACAAUCGGCAUGUUGAAUGUGGAGAAACAGGCAGCGUGAAGACCUCAGCCAAGUUGAAGUUAAAGUCCAGACGACUACGUCAGAACAUCUUUUGAAAAGCUCCUCCUAUCAAGGCUUGAGGGGGUUCCUGGUCAGCUGGGAUGAGGAACUAUUCCGAGGAAAUGGUCAAAGUAGGGACCAAUCAAAAACUGGCAACAAGGUUCAUCAAUAUGUGAGAGAACAGCAAAGGCCUCCCUCUCUGGGUGGAACCAACAGAAAGGCUACUGUGGCACAGUUCGCCCAAGGUUAAUGAUGGGUACAGUAGGAGGUUGCUACACUGCGUAAUCAAGGGACUGGACCUCAGAAAAACAGUUGCAAAGGUGGCCUGGUCUGAUGAGUCCUGUUUUCUUCUGGAAUGUCCUGCUCUCAGAUACCACAUGUACCUCCUAAGGUCAUGUACGGAUGACUAUCUGCACUAUCUGGUCCUAAUGUUUUGGCUCAUCGGUGUAUGUAUUGUCACUUGCGCUUUAUCCUAAGCUUAGUAGCCUAGAAAUAUGAUGCGAAUUCACCAAGUGUAGUUUUGGCUGUGAUAAACAAGCUGAAUAUCACAUUUAAAUGAAAAGAUUAUAAAGCAAA